GCCAGCCCGGCCCAGCCCGGCCCGGCCCGGCCCGGGGCUGCGUCCGGAGCGUCCGCCCUCGCCGCUGCAGCCUCGGUACCCGGCCGGCCAUGGAGGCCGAGCGCCCCCCGGCGCCCGGCCCGGGCUGCGGGCGCCCCCCACUCCGCGCCGCCGGCCGGGACCCCGCGGCCGCGCCCGUGUCGGUGCCCGCGCCGCCGCAGGGCCCUGCCGUGGAGUUCGCGCUGCCGCAGGAGCCGGAGCCGCGGGCCGCGGACUUCGGGGCCCCGGGGGCGGGGGCGGCGGGGCCACCGACGCCGUCGGCGCACAUCCCGGUGCCAGGGCAUAGAGCCCCCCCAGGAAAAGCCCGGCUGGACGAGGUCAUGGCUGCCGCAGCCCUCACAAGCCUGUCCACCAGCCCCCUCCUGCUGGGGGCCCCGGCUGUAGCCUUCAGCACAGAGCCCAGCUUGGAGCCCUGGAGGGAGGCCCCGGUGCGGCCGCCGGGCAGCAGCGGCAGCAGCGGGGAUGGGGGCUGGGGCCCGACCAGCGACCAGUCCUCUCCACCUACCCCUUCGCCCCCGCUGCCCCCUGAGGCAGCCCACUUCCUGUUCGGGGAGCCUGCCCUGAGGAAGAGGAAGAGCUCGCUGCAGGGGCUGUUCCAGUGUCUGUGGAAGCGCUGCGGGAAGGUGCUGAGCUCGGCGUCAGGGAUGCAGAGACACAUCCGUCUGGUGCACCUGGGCAGGCGGCAGGCAGAGCCAGAGCAGAGCGACGGCGAGGAGGACUUCUACUACACGGAGCUGGACGUCGGCGUGGACUCGCUGACCGACGGGCUGUCUGGCCUGACCCCGGGGUCCCCCACGGCCUCCGUGCCGCCCGCCUUCCCCCGCCUGGAGCCGCUGGAGCCCCCGGCCCUGCCCAUCCUGCUGCGCCCGCCCGCCCUGCCCCCGCCCCCGGUGCUGAGCUCCCUGCCCGCCCCCCAGGUGUGCCCCAGUGACCCCACUUGCCAGGUGGGUGAGGCCUCGGGUGGCUCUGGAGGGGCGCGAGGCCACAGCAGCGUCUCCUCUCAGGGCUGCCUGGCACCCGUCCACCCGGAGCCACAGCCCAUCCCGGUCAGGGCCUGCGCGCCAGCCCUGCCGGCCAAGCCCGGUGCCAACCCGAGGAAGCCCCGAGGUGACGCCAAGAAGUGCCGGAAAGUGUAUGGCAUGGACCACCGGGACCUGUGGUGCACGGCCUGCCGCUGGAAGAAGGCCUGCCAACGCUUCCUGGACUGAGCCCCGCCCGCCGGGGCCUCUCCUAGCUGCAGGGUCUUCUUUUUAACCGGUGGGGGGCGGUCCCCACCACUCAAAGUGCCUCUGAAGAAACCAGCCUCUUGGCCUUUUGCACUAAAGCCAAACCUCACAGCUGUCCCCUUGGCCUGGGGUCCCGAGGGGUGGCCGCCCCCCACCUGUCGGCCCUGGACUUGUCAGGGGUGUGACGGGCCCCGCUUUGGGGCCACACGGGGCCGUCCUCGAUGCACUUUGAGGGGUGUCGGGGAGGGGGCGCCCCUGCCCGCACUUAACCUGACUGUUUGAGGGCCCGGGUGGACAUUUGUACGGUGUUUGCCAAGCUCAGGUGUCUCACGUCUGGGCUGAACCAGGCGAGGAGUAACAUUAAAGAU